AUGGGAGGACCGGGGGCGUUGCGGAGGAAGGAGGAGCAGCGGGAGGCCGUGGGAGCCGCCUUCUCUGCGCCGUUCGCGGUCCUUUCUUCGGCGUCGUCGCCUCUGGCGGUGGCCCAGAAGUGGAUCACAGAGAAGCAGGAGCGGUUCCAGGUUUGGAUGGCUCAGCAAUCCAUUCCAGUUGAGACUGCCAUUACUACCGGCCUCGGCGCCAUUCAGGGCGGCGUCCUCGGGGGCCUUAUUAGCUCUCUGAGUAAGGACUUGCAGGCCGAGACCGCCAAAAAUGCUGCCUCUGGCCUGGAGGCCAGCUCGGCGAACCCUUUUCUUCAACCAGAGGUGCUCGAAACACCCAUGUUUCUCCUCUAUCUCGCGUCGUUUUACUUGCUGUUGGAUUCUUGCAUCUAGUUUACAUUUGCUUCUUUUUCUGUAAGAUCCGUUUUAACCAAGAUUGAUGUGGUUUCUUGAGUUUAAUCUUUUUUUCUUGUUCCACCCUGUGUGGAACGAAGGAAACUUGGUGAUGUCGUGGUGAUGGCGUUCUCAGUAAUGGCUGCUGACUAAAUUAGUAUUCCAUUUUCCGAUUUACGUGCGGAUACAUUGGUAUUCUCCUCACUGUCAGCCUUGAAGGAUGCAUGGACAUUCGAAACAUUGUUAACGUGCUGCGUAAAAGGCUUAAACCCUAGGUAGAGCACAUAAAGCAGAGCCUUCUCCAAUAUGGCCGCUGGCUGCAAAUGCCAAGUUUAUUUAAUAGGAUCCCAACUUAUAUUCCUUCUGCUGAGUUUCGUUUCCUCAUAUUUUCUAGUUUUACCUUUCUCCGCAUCACUUCAUGCUUUGCAGAUUCUCUUGAGUUCGCCUUCUUUAUUUUCUGUCAGUGUCUAAUUUAUCCGAUAUAUUGAAUAAUUUAGUAAACUGUUCUGAUUUACUCGGGGAUGAAGAUGCAUCUCAUGUUUCUUAUUCUGCGAUUUUUCCAGAUUUUUGGGUUUUUGUUGACCCCAAUUUUCUCUCCCAUGUUUUUCUUAUAGUUCUUGUCAUGUUGAUGCAGUGUGAAAGCUCGUUGUUAAUCAUAGUUCAUUGGGUUAGGUCCACUCUGUUUAGAGAGAGCUCGAUCGAGCAUCAGCCAGCUGGCUCAGGCCAGCUUUGUCAGAUCCUUAGAAGAAACUCACAGUGGCAGAGGAAGAGAGGUGCCAGCCCCUCGACACAAUUAACUGCUAACUGUUGCCCCUAAACACCUUGUUGUCAGUCAGUUUUCUCUAAACACCUCGUUAGGUUGUUAGUGAGCGGAAGAAGAGGUCGAAAUUGAAGAUUAUUGAAAAGAGGGAAGAUCACUCCUUUCUUCGAGAUAUCUCAACUUUCUUCAUAUGAAAACUUUAUCUGGAUUGCUGGACAGCACGCGGACAACAAGUCCCAAACAGUCGAGGCCGCUUGUGGUUUUUGUACUGCAAUCCUUGCUUUAGUUUGCUGCUCUAUGCUCUGUCUCUGGAAACCUGUUUCUUCUUACUGUCCGAAGUUAUUCGUUAUUUAAUCGCGAAUCACAAUCCAUGCAGGGUAUGGCUGGGAGUCCUCUGGUACAGGCUCGCAAUUUCGCAGUCCUGACUGGCGUGAAUGCAGGAAUAUCUUGUGCUAUGAAAAGAAUCAGAGGAGUAGAUGACAUCCAGAACGGGUAUAGAUAAGCCAAGCCGUUUAUUAAUUUUAACUUCAGUUAUCUUUCUCCUGCUGCCGUUUUCCUCCUCGCCUGCUUGUCUUUUUGGAGGUUAUCCUGAGAAAAGAAAGUAUAGUAUAUUGCUCCUGGCAUCGCUCUCUAAUCUAGUUGGAUGUAACUGGGGCACAAGGUGUCCCGAUAUUAUAACCGGGGUCUUCUCCAGAUUUAUUAUGCCAUAAUAGUACAUUGAAUGAACAUCAUUCACGUUUGGCUAAGCUACUUUGCUGAACUAUUAUGAGGGCAGGUGCAGGAUGGUACCCUGGACCAAUGGUUAUUCAUGCUUCUUAGUUAAGAUGUUAUAUAGCCUGACCUAAAAUAAUCUAUAGGGCAACAUGGCUCGCAUUUUCAAGAGUUACCUGUGCAGCAGAAAAGUUGAACCUCGCAAUCUGGUUACACUCCCAUCCAAAAGGGGUGCUGCUCAACAUGUUUUUCAGGCACAGGACGUAGAAAAAUGGAAUGCAUCAGUGCGCUAUCCUUCACUUGAUCAAGAAUUUGUCCGGCUCACUUUAUUCAACGAGUUUAUUGUCUUGCUUUGUGACUAUGGACUGGGCCGCUGGCUGUUUAGCACCAGAGUUUCCGUUAUAAUAUUCGGCCUGGAUCCUCUGUUCUGAUCAGGUGACUAUGGACGUUUCUACUGUGCAGCAUGACAGCGGCCUUUGGUUCUGGAUUCGUGUUUUCUUUGGUGAGCACGCCAGGGAGCCCCAAUUUUGCUUCCGCUGUUGGUACUGGAGCUUUCUUUGCCCUUAUUCAAGGCGGAUUUCAUAAGGUGAGUGAAUAAAAUCCAUGUGAGUUUAGGGUAGUUCGAACUAUUCUUCUGCUUUUGCUUCUCACCAUGCCCAUCCCAAUGCAUUAAACCUUCCGAGGUGUAAAAACCCACCCUCUUUCUUUCUGGUUGGAGAUGCCCGUUGCGAGUAAUUCCUUGAAUGAGACCGAUAAGAUCCCAGAUCAAAGAACUAGGAAUAAUUUAACCUCUGCUGGUUAUUUAUUAUACAAGUUAACCUCUGCGUUGAUUUCUUGAUUUGUUUAUUACUAUUGUUUUUCCUACGGUAGUUUGGGGAGAUGAUGCCGAAAGGAGCAGGUCCCAGUGAAGAUGUCUACUAUACCCAGGCAAGGAGCAUGCUGACGAGACUGGGCUUAGACAGGUAUGAGAAGAACUUCAGGAAAGGGCUGCUCACAGAUGCAACCCUGCCGCUUCUAACGGACAGGCAAGUGGAGCUCCUCCUGUCUCUGCCCUUUCUUUCUUAUCCAUCCCGUAGCUUCGGUUCUUGAAGAAGAUCAAGCUCUGAGACAUGAAAAUGAUUGUCCUCAGUGCCCUCCAAGACGCUGGCAUCCCACCUGGCCCGAGACUCGUCAUUCUGGACCAUGUCCGGAGGUAAGCACCCCUUGUGGGUCCCCCAGCCCAUACUCUCAUCUCAUCUCAUCUCAUCUUGCCUACACAUCUGCAUCUUGCGAUGUAACACAUUGGUUUUUGGUGGGCAUAUUCUAUUAUUCUGCAGGGAUCCCGAGUUCUCCAAGGCAAGGCGUUGA